CUCCUCCUCCUCCUCCUCCCCGGAGCCCGGAUCUGUCCCCGCGCCGGCCGCAGAGUGACAGGAACGGGACGGAGCCGAGAUGGCGGCGGCCGACGGCGACGACUCGCUCUACCCUAUUGCGGUGCUCAUCGACGAGCUGCGCAACGAGGACGUGCAGCUUCGCCUCAAUAGCAUCAAGAAGCUAUCCACCAUUGCCUUGGCCCUUGGAGUGGAAAGGACUCGAAGUGAGCUCUUGCCCUUCCUUACAGAUACCAUCUAUGAUGAAGAUGAGGUCCUCUUGGCCUUGGCAGAACAGCUGGGAACCUUUACCACUUUGGUGGGAGGUCCUGAGUAUGUGCACUGCCUGCUGCCACCCCUGGAGUCACUGGCCACAGUGGAAGAGACGGUUGUACGGGACAAAGCGGUGGAGUCCUUGCGGGCCAUCUCACACGAGCACUCGCCUUCAGAUCUGGAGGCCCACUUCGUGCCACUGGUCAAGCGGCUGGCGGGUGGCGACUGGUUCACCUCCCGCACCUCAGCCUGCGGCCUCUUCUCUGUCUGCUACCCCCGAGUGUCCAGUGCUGUGAAGGCAGAACUUCGACAGUACUUCCGGAACUUAUGCUCAGAUGACACCCCUAUGGUGCGGCGGGCCGCAGCCUCCAAGCUGGGGGAGUUUGCUAAGGUCCUGGAGUUGGACAACGUCAAGAGUGAGAUCAUCCCCAUGUUCUCCAACCUGGCCUCUGACGAGCAGGACUCGGUGCGGCUGCUGGCUGUGGAGGCAUGUGUGAACAUUGCCCAGCUUCUGCCCCAGGAGGACCUGGAGGCCCUGGUGAUGCCCACCCUGCGCCAGGCUGCUGAAGACAAGUCCUGGCGUGUCCGCUACAUGGUGGCUGACAAGUUCACAGAGCUCCAGAAAGCCGUGGGACCUGAGAUCACCAAGACAGACCUAGUGCCUGCCUUCCAGAACCUGAUGAAGGACUGUGAGGCUGAGGUGAGGGCCGCAGCCUCCCACAAGGUCAAAGAGUUCUGUGAAAAUCUCUCAGCCGACUGUCGUGAGAAUGUGAUCAUGACCCAGAUCUUGCCCUGCAUCAAGGAGCUCGUGUCAGAUGCCAACCAACACGUCAAGUCAGCACUGGCCUCGGUCAUCAUGGGCCUUUCUCCCAUCCUUGGCAAAGACAACACUAUUGAGCACCUCCUGCCCCUUUUCCUGGCUCAGCUGAAGGAUGAGUGCCCUGAGGUGCGGCUGAACAUCAUCUCCAACCUAGACUGUGUGAAUGAGGUGAUUGGUAUUCGACAGCUCUCUCAGUCCUUGCUCCCUGCCAUCGUGGAACUGGCUGAGGAUGCCAAGUGGCGUGUGCGGCUGGCCAUCAUUGAGUACAUGCCUCUGCUGGCUGGACAGCUGGGUGUGGAAUUCUUUGAUGAGAAACUCAACUCCUUGUGCAUGGCCUGGCUGGUAGAUCAUGUUUAUGCCAUCCGGGAGGCGGCCACCAGCAACUUGAAGAAGCUGGUGGAGAAGUUUGGGAAGGAGUGGGCCCAUGCCACUAUCAUUCCCAAGGUCUUGGCCAUGUCUGGAGACCCUAACUACCUGCACCGGAUGACUACCCUCUUCUGCAUCAAUGUGCUGUCUGAGGUCUGUGGUCAAGACAUUACCACCAAUCACAUGUUGCCCACUGUUCUGCGUAUGGCUGGGGACCCAGUUGCCAAUGUUCGCUUCAAUGUGGCCAAGUCCCUACAGAAGAUAGGACCCAUCCUCGACAACAGCACUCUGCAGAGUGAAGUCAAACCCACCCUGGAGAAGCUGACCCAGGAUCAGGAUGUGGAUGUCAAGUACUUUGCCCAGGAGGCUCUGACUGUUCUGUCUCUUGCCUGAUGCUGGAAGAAGAACCAUUGCUGGCCUCUGGUGUUCACCCUCCAAGUCCCACCAACCACCUCCCUUGGGAAGAUGGUGCAGGGCCAUUGACUGUCACUUCCUGUGCAUGGUCUGACCCAGGACCCUUCCCCUCGCACGGUUCCUCCUCUCCUCCCUGUAGCUUGGAAAGACUUCUCUCUCUCCACUUCCCAAGGGGCUGUGGAAGUACAAGGUGGGACUUCCUUGGGAGGAAGGAGCCACUUCUCCCCAUGUUGGAGGAAAGACUUGGGCAUCCCAGGCUCCUGCUGCUGUAGUGGGGAUCCCUCUCACACCUAUUUACCCAUCUUUUCUUCCAUUCCCUUCAACCAUGUUUAUUUUGUGUCAACUGUGCCAUUUUUAUUUUAUUCCUUUUCUCCUCUUUUCAUAGAGAAAUAAAGGUCUAGAAAUAGUC